AGAAGUGGUGUUUGGAGAAGGAAAUUGCCGCGAAAAUCGAAAACUACGAGCCGACCCAGUUUAACAGUUUGCUCGAGCGAUUCUAUGCCGAAAUUAAAAACAAACAUGGGGAAGAUUAUGAACCGGAAAGUCUGAAAGUAAUGAUUACAUCGCUUGAUAGACACUUGAAGAACAAAGACUAUAAACUGUCCAUUAUUCGCGACAGAGAAUUCAGUUCCUCCAAACAAGUACUGGACGGAAAAGCGAAACAGCUUCGCUUAGCUGGUCGCGGCAAGCGCCCAAACAAAGCUCGACAACUAUCCGAAGAGGAAGAAGAAAUUCUCUGGAAGAGCGAGAAACUCGGUGGUAAAACCCCAGAGUCCUUAAUUCAUACAAUGUGGUGGCUACUUACUCAACAAUUUGGUCUCCGUGGAAGGCAAGAACACCAUGGAAUGAGACUGGAGGAUUUCAGAAUCAUGAAAGGUGAUGACGGCCUUGAGUUUGCUGAAGGGCCAACGAAAACCAGACCUGGUUUGAACGCAAAGCCAAGACAGUUUCAGCCCAAAAUGUUUCAGACCGGCGGAGAGAGAUGUCCAGUUGCGUUAUUCCGUCAGUACAUCAAUCGUAGGCCUCGCAAUCUCAGGGCGAGUGGUCCAUUUUACCUCUCGAUAAAAUACAACAGCGGACCUAGCGAUGAAACUUGGUACAAAGUCCAGCCCAUGGGAGAAAAUAAAAUCAACUCCAUGAUGAAAAACAUUCACUGAGCCUAAUGCAAAUAAUAGUUAAAACAACCUAGUUGUCAAUCUGUUAAUCCCGGGAAGGGAACAAUCAUGAGAGACUGAGACAUGAAUCCAACGAAAUGGUGUUAUAAGUUUUUUCUUUAAUGAAAAUGCAGAAUAUGUAAAGGUGAAGUGAUAAAAUCCGUUCGUAAUGAAAAUCUAUUUAUAAAGGUUCAGAAAAUUAAACAAAAAACACAGGAAGCAGGAAGUUUUAGCAUUUGACAGAUCUGAGGAAAAAAAACGAACGGAAGUUCAUAUUUUUAUUCCAUGACGCAAUUACAACUGAAACUUGACAGC